UCCGCCAGAACGGCAAUUGGAACGUUCAACCGAGCUCUACCCCUUCAUUAAAGAUACGCUCGUCGCUCGCAUAAAUACGCCGCAGUCGAUGUUUUGAAUUGCAUACCCACACUCCCUGCCUCAUGUCCUCCCAAGUACUAGUCACAUCCGGCAUUGGAUUCCUCUCGCUGCUUGCUCUGUGGAAGACGUUGUGCGGUUCAUCAAGAAAACCCAAUCUUGACCUUGAUGGCCCCAAGGAGGGCCACUGGCUGAUAGGGAAUGUCCGGAAAAUAUUCGAGUGUGGUCUCGAUUACUCCGUAAAAUUGGCUGAACAGUAUGGCGGAGCGGUCAAGCUAACAAGUCUAUACGGAGAUGUAGUGUAUCUAUCUGAUCCACUGGCAUUGUAUCACGUCAUCAUCAAAGACCAGCAUGACUUUGAAGAACCUGAUGCAUUUAUUGUGAACAACAAGAUAAUAUUCGGGGAUGGUCUAAUAGCCACUACCGGAGAGCAGCAUCGAAAACAACGCAAACUACUCAACCCUGUCUUUUCGACCUCAAACAUGCGAGAAUUACUACCUACAUUGCAGCCCAUUGCCCACAGACUGACCUCUAUCGUCGUAUCUAAGCUUCCGGACGAUGGUUCAUACAGAGAGAUCGAUGUGCUCUCUUUGUUAUCUCGCAGUGCGCUUGAUGGCGUUUGCCAGGCGAUUCUUGGUUAUCCAAGCAAUACUCUAGAUACAGAGAACGACAAAUAUACUGAAGCACUCCGGAAUAUAAGUCCCAUGAUAUCAAAGUUCUUGUAUUUUCGGCCAAUUGUGCCCGUGGUUAUGCGCAACUUCUCGUCAUACUGGACAAGGAAGCUUGUGAAUUUGAUCACGAUGCCCUGGAUUCCCACAGAAUUGAUGAAAGAUGCGCGAGAGAUGCGACGAAUCGUCGAAGUCAUGGACAGUGGUAGCAAGAAAGCUUUCGCGGAGAAAAAGGCAGCACUAGAGACUGCAGCUACCCUAUCCCCCACUAAUGUGCAACCUGAAGUUGAUGGUCUCAAAUCGGGUCGGAGGAAAGAUAUGAUGGACAUCAUGAUGAAGGCAAACUCUGCGUCUUCCAGUUCAGAGCAACUCACCGAUGCUGAACUAUUGGGACAGAUGAACGUUAUGGUAUUCGCUGGCCUAGAUACGACGACCUCUGCUCUGUCUCGUUGCAUUUACCUACUUGCCAAGAACCCACUCGCCCAAGCUCGAUUGAGAAGCGAAAUUCGUGAUGCUAUCAAGUCUGCACAGGAAGGUUCUUCGUUUUCCGAGCACGACAAUCCACUUCUCCACUUGUCAUACGAUGCGCUGAUUAAUCUUCCAUUUCUCGAUGCAAUUGUCAGAGAGACAUUACGGCUUUAUCCUUCUCUACCGUACAUGUGCCGAAAGGUGCACAAGGCAACUACUCUUCCUCUUCAAUUCCCUGCUCGCUCGUCAUCCGGAGCAGAAAUAUCUUCCAUUGUGGUUGAUGAGAACGUGUUAAUUGUCAUCAAUAUUUUAGCUACAAACCGCAAUCGAACUAUAUGGGGUGAUGAUGCGAAUGAGUGGAAGCCUGAGCGAUGGCUUCCUUCUCCAGCGACAAAGGAUGAGCUAGGCAUGGAUGUUCCCUCCGAUGGUGUCGAGGUACUGUCGUCGAAGCUACCCGCGCCCAUCCUUGGGGUCAAAGAUGGCAUUAAGUAUCCUGGUGUUUAUUCCAACAUGAUGACUUUUCUCGGUGGCAGUCGUUCCUGCAUAGGGUUCAAGUUUGCCGAAAUGGAAAUGAAGCAAAUCAUCGCCGCACUCGUGCUCCGCCUGCAUUUUGUGCUCCCAACUGAUCCGGACGCCAACGGACAUAUCAAAGAAAUCGUUUGGCAGUUGAAGGCGUUUCAUACACCAGUCGUUAAGCCACCAGCUGGAGAUGGCGUAUCACCUACGGUCCCACUCAAAUUUCGACUGGUGCAAGAGGAAGACUUUAUGUAAAUGGUAGGAUUGUAUUGGUCGAGCACUCUGUAGUAAAUUAUUUGUCUUGAUAUGCUCUGCGGUUUGGUAUAUGCUCUGACGCUCUGUAUAUCAUUUGUUCUCAAACAUUGUAUGUGUUUAUUGGUUACUAGUUGGUUUGACUCUACUGCUACUAUAGCAUAUAUACCUUUGAAUUGAUGUCGAUGUCUACACAACAUCAUGGUAGCUUAAUGCAUUAUGCAGUGUAAUUACAAGAAACAUGUUGUACAUUAAAAAGUGUAGCUACAAGAUGCACAUAAAUGCAUUAAUGACCGUUUCAGAGUGGAUCG